GUGACGCGCGAAGCUUUGCUUGCACCAUUGGUAUAUGAGAACUUGCCUGUCUGUUGUGCUCUAGCUUAUGCAUUUUGGUUCAUCCAGUUUAAUGAAUUAUUGACCUCUUUGAUGGAUUUAAUACAAAACUCAGAUUUAUCCAUGAAAGAAAUUGGUAAUCGGUUCUUUGCCGCCGGACAGUAUGAAAAGGCUUCACAUUAUUAUACGCUUGCCAUUGAGAAGAGGCAGACGGAAUCUUGCUAUUUCUCCAAUAGGGCCCUUUGUUUUCUUCAACUCCAAGAGUAUGAUAAAGCGAUCGCUGAUUGCAGGCGUGCUUGGGAACUAAAUCCAUCUAAUCUUAAGGCAUAUUUUUUCGCUGGUCAGGCCUAUCUCGCUUUGGGGAAUUUCGAUGAAGCAUUGCCUAAAUUGACUCGAGCGCAUAACCUUGCCUUGGAACAGCAUAUUAAUUAUGGUGAUGAAAUAACUGCUGUCAUUAGAUUGGCAAAGCGGAAGAAAUUUGAAGCGCUGGAUGACAAGAGAAGACAGGAGGAGAUAGAACUUCAGACUUAUCUUACUAACAUCAUUCGAGCUGAUUAUGAAUCUAAGUGUCAGGCGGUCAAAAGCCAACCUGAAUCUCUCUUAAAAACCAGUGGUGUUGUGGAGAGCAUCGAUUUUCACGAGUAUUCUUCCCGGACACAUCAUGAAGACAUUGGAAUAUCAUCAUCAGAACCGAGGCUGCAAACCCCUGAUAAGUCUUUUGGAGACCCAACUGAUACGAAACAUCUCAAUAAAUUGCAGGCAGAAAUGCAGCGGAGGCUGGCGGAAGUUAACGAUAUUUUUACACAGUUUGGUUUUGUGGGUUUUUGA